AUGAAUACGCUGUAUCCCACGCGACUAUCGGAAAGUGAAAUCCGCCUCUUGCAUAUACUACCCUCUGAGUCUACGGAGUCACCAGUAUCGUGUGAGCUUCGGCAGUACGAGAUCGACGAUAUCCCCGCAUACGAGGCGCUCUCUUACUGUUGGGGCGACUCAGCUGAACGGCGUGAGAUAGUUUGUAAUGGCGCAACACACUGGGUCACGAUGAACCUGCGGGAUGCGCUUGUUAGAUUGCGACUAACAAAUGAGGCACGGAUUGUCUGGGCAGACGCACUGUGCAUUGCGCAGUCUGAUGAAGAAGAAAAGAGCUCUCAGGUACGCCGCAUGGGUUCGAUCUUUCAUUGCGCCAAACGCGUCGUUGUCUGGCUGGGCCACGUCGAAAAAGAGUAUGCUUUGGAUAUCAAGCGUGUUUUCGAUUCUCUGAUAUGCGUCAAAGCCUUCAAAGGUGAUCCCGAGCACCACUUUUCUGAUUGGCGUAUCCCGGAUAUAGCUGCAGUCUUCGGCGGAUCGCUACCAUGGAAUGCGCUAAAUCAUUUCUUCAAUACCCCUUGGUUUCGGCGGAUAUGGUGUAUACAAGAAAUCAGAUUAGCUUCUGAUUCAAUGUUCUAUUGGGGAGCUGAGGAACUUUCGAGGUACGUUCCCGUGCGCUUAGCUGGAUGGACGGUGGACCGUUGCCAAGGUGAGAUACAACAUUCACCAUACGCAAUCUUCGAACAGUUCGCUUAUUAUAUGAACGGUCCAUUCCGUGACGACAAAUGUAGUCUUCUUUCAGCUCUGAGAACCUACAGAAAAUGGGAAGCUACGGAUCCUCGAGAUAAGAUCUAUGGCAUUCUUGGUUUGAUGGAACUUGGUGAGGAAAGACAUAUCAUCAGAAUCGAUUAUGAUAAGUCAGUCCAGGAUGUUUAUCAUGAUUUGGCCACUGCAGUCAUAGGAUGGACUGGCGAUCUUGCCCUCUUUGCCCAUGUACAUCAUGGUGCGCACUAUGACGGUGACCCAACAUACAAAUCUUGGAUCCCUCAAUGGGAUCAGACGGUGCAUGUGCCGAUUUUUCCGAUAGGAACUUUCUUGUAUCCCUCUACUCUACCAAGCGGGACGUAUCAUACGAUAUCCCCGCCCGUAGGCACUGCACAGCAUUAUGACCGACCAUUAACGGUAUCCGGGUUGACCCAUCAAACAUACUGGAGCGAGAAGGUGUCCGCGGGGUCACCUUUAGGCCGUGAUAUGAGUCCCGUAAUGAUGUCAAUGGCACGGACAUUGACCACAGGAGUGGUAUCUCAAGAUGAUACGCUGUACGAGUGCGCAACUGAAGACGAUAUAGCAGCAUAUUUUCAAAGCUUCUUAGCCUAUAUUCGCCUCCUCCACUCGAUUGCUAACAACGAGAGUGAAGGCGGCUUAACGACACAAAAUUUGAGCGAGUAUGACGAUAGUUGGAAGCUGUUUGAGGAUAUUAUGGGAAAUUGUUGCUAUCGACGAAAGUUCUUUCGUACCAAGAAUGGUACCCUCGGCCUUGGACCAGCUUGUCUGAAAGAGAAUGACAUGAUUGUAGUCCUGGAAGGGGCAUAUAAUCCCUGUGCGCUACGACCAAAGGGCGACACCUACCUACUAUUAGGUGACGUGUACAUGGACGAGAUCAGGCACGGAGAGCUCAUCAAAGAGAUUGAAGAAGGGCGCAAGGAACGUCAGUAUUUCUGCCUUGACUAA